AAUCUCCACUAUAUCAUUAAUUUUUUUUUUUUUUUGACUUAUCAUUAAUCUAAAUUGAACGGCUGAGAGAUGUAUAUCAACCGUUUGUGCCAUCACCAUGUAGUAUAAAACGCUGAAACUGUUGCGUUUAGCAUCUCUUUAGAUUAAAAGAAUUUCGAGAAUUUAGGGAUUCGAGUUCAGUAUUGCCGCUCUUCCACCUCACUCACUGAUUUCAAUUACAAUCUUCAGCUUCCGAAGGGUUGUUUAGUUUCUGAGUAGAUUGUUGAUUGUUCUAAAAAAAGAUUCAAAUUUGAGAAUUGGUUUAAGAGGAAAAAAUGCGGAAUAAAGAACCAGCUUUGGAUGAUGGGGAAGUUGAGUAUGAGGCUGGUCCUGAAUCUUGUUGGGGCAAUUUUGAAGAUGAUGAUGUAAUGCAGCAGCAAUUUUCUAUUCAGGAUGAUGAAGCCAAAAAAUUUCCAUUUGUUGGUGACAAGGAACCGCUAUCUAGCUUGGCUGCUGAAUAUCAAUCAGGCAGUCCUAUCUUAUUGGAGAAAAUCAAGGUGCUUGAUCAGCAAUAUGCUGCUAUUCGGCGUACUCGGGGAGAUGGAAACUGCUUCUUUCGAGGCUUUAUGUUUUCAUAUCUUGAGCAUGUUUUGGAAGCUCAAGACAGUGCAGAAAUUGAUCGCAUCAAAGCAAAUGUUGAGAGAAGUAGAAAUGCACUUCAAACCUUGGGUUAUCCAGAAUUGACUUUUGAAGAUUUUUUUACGUUAUUCCUUGAGCAGCUGGAAGAUGUUAUUCAAGGGAAAGAGAUUUCCAUAAGUCCUGAAGAGCUUGUGCUUAGAAGCCGAGAUCAGUCAGUAUCUGAUUAUGUUGUUAUGUUCUUCAGAUUUGUUACGUCUGCUGAAAUACAAAAGCGCUCAGAAUUUUUUGAACCAUUCAUAAUGGGCUUAUCCAAUACAACAGUUGAGCAGUUUUGCAAAUCAGCUGUUGAACCAAUGGGUGAAGAGAGCGAUCAUGUUCACAUUACUGCCAUUUCAGAUGCAUUGGGCAUUCCAAUCCGUGUUGUGUACCUUGACCGCAGCUCAUGCGAUACUGGUGGUGUCAGUGUAAAUCAUCAUGAUUUCAUUCCAGCUGCUGGUGAUCUUCCAAGUGCUAGAGGUAGCUCUGACAAGAACAAUCCCUUCAUUACAUUACUAUAUCGUCCUGGUCAUUAUGAUAUCCUCUAUCCAAAGUGAGGAUGGCCUAUUGGGAAGACAUUUUAUUUGUUACUUUCUCGGCGUUGUGAGCCGCAAACAACUUUACACCGAGCUUGGUUGUUAAGGAGGGCAUAUGUACUCUUGUGUCUUGUUGAAUGGUCAAAUAUGUCUAGAAUGUUAAACAUAUUUUGAAAGUUUGAUCAACAAAGUAUAUGCCAACAUUAGUGCAUUAAUAAUCAAAACUCACCAUUUUAUGUUGCUUCA